ACGAGGAGAUUCUCAGGAUGCUUCUCGACAAACCAACAUUGUACAAAGGGAUGAACAUGCUCUUUUGGAAUGUUAGGGGGAUAGCUAGGCCUUCUUUUAAGCCAAAUUUCAGACUCUUGGUUCAGCAACAUCACCCAUCACUAGUGAUCCUUGUUGAGACAUGGGUGGGGAGGGAAAAAACCGCAGAGAUUAUUCGGGACUGUGGCUUUGAUUCGUGGUAUCUGGUGGACCCGGUGGGUUUUGUGGGCGGCAUCUUACUGCUUUGGAAAUCACACGUGAUGGAUUUUCAAGUGGUGGGUCAUGGCGCUCAGGGAGUAUACGGUGUAACUGAGGCAGUGGCGCACGAGAUUCCCAGAGAUUCAGAUUAAACACUGUCGGCGCGAGGGAAACAGAACGGCGGAUGCUUUGGCAAGAAACUGUAGGACUUCGGAUAUGGCUUGUGUUGUAACUAGGGUUCUCCCAUCCCCCCCGAGUUAUUGUAGGGACCUUUUAAAGUCGGAUUGUAUGAACCUUAAUAUUUGUACGGAUCUUGAUAUGGAUAUGUAAUUGAAUU